GAACUUCAAGCAUAUGAUCAACUAAAAGCAUGGAACCCUGUACAUUGCCAUAAAAUGGAGAUCAGAGUAAUCAAUUUUCUCUUGAUGAAUGUUUUUAAUUUUAAAGAUUUCAACCUGCAGAGAUCUAGGGUUCUUUUGCGGAAGAGUUUGGUACUUAGAACUCGUGGGAUAGAAAGUUUCUUCAGCAGUUUUGACUGUCUCAGUGAAGCUAUUUCCCUUUCGGAGACUAUAACUUAUGAUUCACCGGAAACAAGCACUUUUGGAUAUCAUCAUUUGGCUUUUGUUUAUUUCCUGCGAGCACAAAUUGCUGAAGAUACUAAAAAGGACUGGGAGUUAAUUCAGUGUGACAUAGAACGUGCAAUCAAGUUACUAUCUCAACUUGACAUCAAUGUUUGUCAGAAUUUGACUUCUAAACUUAAACCAAAUAUAAAGAGUACAAUAUCUAUAUUGUGUCACACUCUUGAUCUGCUUUCUUUGAAG